AUGCCACGAACCCUCCUCCUUACCCUCGAUGCCUUCGGCACGCUCUUCCACCCCCGCCUCCCUAUCCCCGACCAAUACGCCGCCACCGCACACUCCUUCGGCCUGACGGUGUCCCCCUCUUCGCUGAAAUCGGCCUUCAAGGAAUCCUUCAAGGCACAGAGCAUCCUGCGGCCAAACUACGGUCGCGCAGACGUACUGCGAGGCGAAUACGCCGGUCCGAGACAAUGGUGGGAAGAGGUGAUCCGCGCCAGCUUUGCCAGAGCCAUCCCCUCGCUGAGAGAAGAUGAGAUCCCAAACCCCCUCGUCGAAGGACUUAUCCAUCGAUUCGCAAGUCGAGAGGGAUACGUUCUCUUCGACGACGCGAGGCUGUUUUUCCAUCGGAUGCGGCUUCUACGCGAGACCACGGCGGUUCGCGUCUACGUGGGUGUCCUCUCCAACUCGGACGAUCGGGUGGCUUCUGUGCUGGACUCGUUGGGAGUCAAGGUUAAUAAAGGAGGCGAUGAUUAUCGUCAUGAUUAUCGUGAUGUCGAUUUCGUGCUUACCAGCUACGAGGCCGGUGAGGAGAAACCCCAUCGGUUGAUCUUCGAUACGGCCAGGUCGAUCGCCCAGAAAAUAGCUUUACAUUCUUCUCCUUCUGCAGACUGGACGUGUCUGCAUGUCGGCGAUGAUAGGGAGAAAGACUAUGAGGGGGCUCUACGGGCAGGCUGGACGAGUUAUCAUCUUCAAAGAGAUCAAGACGGUCAUCCUGAAGAUAUCCAAACCACCAAGAAUUCAACUGUUCAUUCGUUGCUGGAUGUACUGGACAAAACGCAUCUCUCAUGA